CUGCACGCGCAUGGGCGUAGAAUCUGCGGCUGUGCGCUGCUGCUGCUGCUAUCAGUCUGAGACUCAAUUCCGAUUUCUUUUUUCCUUUUUUUUUUUUUUUAAACGAAAAUGGCGUCCAACCAAGGAGCUGUCACUGCGCUUCAGAACCACCACCACUACACAAGCGGACCUCACUGGAGCCCGGGGAGCAACCAGUACCAACAGCAGUACCACCAGCAACAACAGCACCAACAGCAGCAGCAGCAGCAGCAGCAACAGCAACAGCAGCAGCAGCACCUCACGGCCCGGAGCCUGGAGCGAGCUCUGGAGGAUGCUGUCUGCUCCGGGAUCCUUAACCUAAGCGGGAGGAAGCUGAGGGAGUACCCGGGGCUGAGUUACGACCUCACCGAUACAACACAAGCAGAUCUGUCCAAAAAUCGUCUCUCUGAAGUCCCUCCGGAGGUUUGUCUCUUUGCCCCGCUCGAGUCCCUCAACCUCUACCACAACUGUAUCAAGUGCAUCCCAGAAGCCAUCAUCAACUUGCAGAUACUGACGUAUCUUGACAUCAGUCGAAAUCUAAUAUCCGUAUUGCCCAAACACUUGUUCAACCUUCCGCUCAAAGUUCUACUCGUGAGCAACAACAAGCUGGUGUCCAUCCCCGAAGAGAUCGGCAAAGCCAAAGAACUAAUGGAGCUUGAUGUGAGCUGUAACGAGAUCCAGGCGCUGCCGGCCCAGGUCGGCCGUCUCCAUGCCUUACGAGAACUCAACGUUAGGAAGAACUGUCUGCAGAUUCUUCCGGAAGAGUUGGCUGAUCUGCCUCUCAUUCGACUUGACUUCUCCUGCAAUAAGAUCACCGAGAUCCCAGCAGCCUACCGGAAACUCAGGCAACUGCAGCACAUCAUCCUCGAUAACAAUCCUAUGCAGUCUCCUCCAGCACAGAUAUGCCUCAAGGGGAAAGUGCACAUUUUCAAGUACCUGAACAUUCAAGCGUGCAGGUCGGACAAAAAGCCAGAUACCCUGGAUAUCCCCUCCCUCGGGAAACGUUGUCUUCAACAGCAACUCACAGAUAGCAUAGAAGAUUUUUAUCCCAGUAAGAACCACGGGCCUGACUCUGGGAUUGGGAGUGACAACGGUGACAAGAGGCUGUCAACAACUGAGCCUUCAGACGACGAUACCGUCAGCCUCCACUCUCAGGUGUCUGAGACAGCCCGCGCCGAUGCUCUCUCAAUCCUUUCCAAAAUGGACUCUUGCAAAGAUCAGGAUCUGUAUGACUUUAUAGAACCCAACACGGAUCAGGAUCCUGCUCUGUCAGAGUGUGAUGGACAGCAGAACUCUCAUGUGUCAUGUAUUAAGGAAAUGGAAAAGGUUCUUAACUUGUCUCACCAAAGCAAAGACAAGGAGAGCUGGAAAGAGGAGUCAAGCUCCGACAAAGAGCAGCUACUGGAAGAGGAGGAUGAUGAACUGAAGGAGGUGCUGGAUCUGAGGAAAAUUGCCGUACAGCUUUUGCAACAGGAGCAGCAGAACAGACGACGGUCCUUAAUUUGCAGAGCGGAAAGUCUCAUCCAUCGACGCAGAGUAACUGGUCGAGCUCACAGAUUUCUAAGUCACUCUGGGAGCUCUGGCAGCAAAGCCAGGCCUGCUCCUCAACCUCGCAGUGCUUCGUUGGAUGAGGGAAGUAGCGGCGCAUCGGUGCUAAGUGCACAGCCUCCAUCAUCCUGCUCUUUUGAUGGCAGCCUGAGGAUGGAUCAGUCCGAUUCAGAGUCCAAAUGGCCGGAGGUCCCGCCUGUCCUCAAUCAAAAUGAAGAUCGCAAGAGAAACAAAUAUCUGAGAAAAGAUUAUCUAAAGUACAAAUGCCAGAGUGCCCGGAAAAACUGCGGCGGGGAUGACGACUGUGAGGAGAGUUUACGCAACUCAGAUUUCAGCACCACUCUUACUGUGUUUGGACUCAAGCCAAGAUCAGCCUUUACCAGAGGAAGUCAUCAGGAGUUCAGCUCCACUGAGCCCAGCUUCACGAUGAGGAGAAAGAUGGAACAUUUAAGAGAGGAAAUUGAGCAAAUAGGAAUCCUACGACAGAACAUUGAGUCCAAACUCAAGGUGCUGCUUCCAGACGAUGUCGGAGUUGCUCUGAUGGAUGGCGUGAUCCUUUGUCAUUUAGCCAAUCACAUUUGUCCUCGCUCUGUGGCCAGCAUCCACGUACCUUCGCCGGCAGUGCCAAAGCUCAGUAUGGCUAAAUGCCGUCGAAAUGUGGAGAACUUCCUGGAUGCCUGUAAGAAAAUGGGAGUUCCACAGGAUAAGCUGUGUCUGCCCCAUCACAUCCUGGAAGAGCGUGGCCUGGUGAAGGUCAGCGCGACCGUGCAGGCGCUGUUGGAUCUACCCGCCAUGAAGCCCACGCAACUAUCAGCUGCUUGACGCAAACCCGCCCGGCCCAGCCUCGCACAUACCACACCAGGGACCACAAAUCCCCUCUUGCCACCUCACUCAGAGGACGAGGACCCAGUGGCUCUUGGCUUGUGCCUGACUGAAACAGUGAACGUCCUCCUGUCUGUGCAAAUCUCAGACACUUCCAGUCCAUCACGACUUUGGCUCUCUUGCUACUUCUACCACUGGGACUGUUUUCACUGGCGGAGCUAGAAGGGGGGCUGCAAGGGCACUGAUCCCCCCCUGAAAAAUGCUUGAGGACCCCCGGUCUCUGGACAGAUAAUAGACUUCGGGGUAUUUUCCCAAUUAUCCGGGAAUUUUAUUCCACAUUUUAACCUAUCCCCCCUAGGUACCUUAUAAUGAAUGAGUUUUUGGAAGAAUUUGUCAGGGUUCUUUUUUAGGUUGAUUUCCUUAGCCGCCAAAGCCCCCUAAAAGAAAAAGAAAAACCUCCUAGCUCCGCCAGUGACUGUUUGCACAAGGUAGUGGCUCUAAAAGCAGUCCUGCUAAUCCCUCUUUCAAUGCUCAGUAGUUAUUGAGCCUUCUUCAAGUGCCGGUUGUGACAUGUAACUCAUCCCAUUUAUUGACUCUCUUCACUCGUUCAUGAACAUUUAUUUCAAUUCAGUGCCAUUUGCGCCCUUUCUACUCUAUACAGCUAACUUCUCUGCCAGUUAGAGCAUUCUACUGUUACAAAACUCUGCCUUUCCAAAUGCAUGACGACCACAUUUGUUGUUCAAGUCAUGCCGUAUCGCAAAUCUUCUGUAAACUAGUGUACAAAUCCUCUGCUGUUAGUGUUUAUAACCACUGUGAUGACAUGUAGCUGUGGUUUCAAUGCAUUUUCUCCGUUGUUGUUUUUUGAUUUGAAGUCAUGGAUUUUUCUACCCUUUUUAUACUUUUCCCACGCAAGACACAGAGAAGCUUUUUAUCAUUGCUUUGGAUGCUUUUUCCAUGAAAGGAUCCAAAUAUGCCAGGACGACUUCCACAAAGCAUAAUGUCUCAUAUGCUCAAUCAUGUCAGGGAAAUCAGAAUGACUUAUGCAUUUCUUAUUUAUGUGUUUUGUUCCAUGAUUUUGUUUUGCAUGGUGUACCUUUUGGCCGAAGCACUGAUCACGACUCCAUCCUGAAUCGGUAGCCGUAUCCUCAAGCUCGUGUUUACUAGCGUGUUUUGAUUUGAGCUAUUAUUUAUUUAUUUUAUGAUGGUUUCUUUUUAUUAAAAAAAAAAAAAAAGAUAUAUUUUGAGCCUUCCUGUCCUGCUACUGACUUAACUCACGGGUUCUUUCAAAUAACUUCAAUUGAAUAAAGGCCACAAGGAUAAAAAAAAGAAAAAUGCAGUGAAAUGAUUGAUGAUUCUUCCUACCCUACUUCCUAUUUCUUUGUUCCACUCUUGAGUAAUUGUUUUGUAAAAUGCCAAAAUUGUGAUUUUUAUCUCUUCCUUCUAAGUAACUCCUAGAGUUCUUCUUGUACUCUGCUAUUUUUUAAUAGAGUUGCAGAAUUCCGGAAAGUUUUUUUCUUGACUCCAUUAUAUGGGAAUGACAUGGGAAUGUGCUGAAUAUAUUGUUACAAUAUAUUAUUGGGGUCAAGUUCAAGUGACGAGUUUGCAAAGAUUGACAGAAAACCAAAACAUGGCAUUUUUUUAAAUUAUGUUUUCUCCUUUGAAACUAGAUGUGUAUUUUUUUUUCAAUGAACAGUCAUUUUAUAUGUUUGUUCUUUCUUCUCUCUCUUUAUGUACAUGUAUUUCUUUUCUUUAUCUGCUUCCUGUUUUAUACACAGGACAUGCUGACUAAUUUUCAUGGAAGAUGGCCAAAUUUAGUGUCAGAGGUUACAUCUAUGUUAGCGUCAAAGAAGGUUGACUUGACACGGGUAUCAAAAAAAUCAGUGUGACAAAGGGGAAGUGAUAAUAUUUAACUUUUCCUUGCAUUUUAUGCGCUGACUCAUGCAACAUAUGUGUCAUAACCAUGUGAGCACCUUUGAACUUUGUAAUGAUGUUAGCAUUGAAUGAGAUGUGACUUAUCAAUCACUCAAAUGAUCAAAAAUGAACCCUACGGAAAUUUCCCUCUUUUGACUUUUGGAACAUAAGGAAUUAAGAUGCAAACAAUGACAUGUAGAAUAAUAUUUGUCAAAUAUACAAACACCCCCUCCUUAAAAAAAUAAAACAGCUAUUUAAUACUUCAUUGAAAGGCCUUUUCAAUAGGGUCAUUGGUUUAUGACAGGGGUGUCAAACUCAUUUUUUUCGCGGGCCGCAUUGUAGUCAUAGCUUCUUUCAGAGGGCCAUUAUGACCCAAAUAAAUGUAUGAGCUCCUCAUAUUAUACACAGUAAAAGCUACAAAACAAACAAACACUCGUUUUCAAAUCAGACGAGUAAAAACUGGUCAAAUAUUUAAAAAAAAAGAUAUUAUUAAAAGUGAAGACAAUUUGCAAUUCUAGUAAUAACACACGGAUUUUAUGCACAAUUUGUCUUUGAGGGCCACAUAAAAUGAUGUGGCGGGCCGUAUCUGGCCCCCGGGCCUUGGGUUUGACACCUGUGGUUUAUGACACCAAAAUAAUGAUUUCCUAGACUUAACUCAAUGUGAUUCACUUUUCUGUUUCUUUGUACUAUAUAUUAUGACACAUUCAAACUCGAGGGUACAACCGUGAGUCACCAUGACGUCAGACACUGCCAUCUGAAAUUAUACACCAAACCCCUUUAUUUCCGCAUUUUUAAGUAGGUCAAGCGUUUGUGAAGAUAAUGAAUGACCAUUGUACACAUUAUCAAUAUAGUGGUCCUCCGAGUUUCUUACAAAAAAAAACAUCUAAAUAUGGUAAUUAUGAAUAAAUUCUUUGCAAUUCA